UUCCAUACCUUUUGCUGGUAAUUACAUGUGUAAAUUAUUUUAAAAUGUAAUUUUAGAAAUGUAUUUUGACCUGAACUGUGACAUGGGAAUAUUUUAGGCUGAAUAAAUGAAAGUAUUUGAACAAAGUUUAAAACAGGGCUAUAAUCUACAGUCAGCAUGGUAUGAAAGCUUUUCAAGCACUUCCAAAUCCUUCAACAAACAGACGAUAAAAAUGACAAGCGACAAACAGUUUGGAGUGUGAUUGGAGACAGAGCAGCUGACCAUGAGCUUUAAGUUUGUUUUUUAAGUCGGUGAUGAGUUUAACACACAGUUUGGAGGUAACAUCCCAUCCGUGGUCUGUAACCUGAAUUUGUGAUGGCAAAGGUGGUAAGGGCCAGUGACAAGACCAGAUUGGAUAUGAGUCGAUGUGUGGUGCUGGAUUUGAGAAGAGACGAUAUAUGGUGUUCAUGGAAGCCUGUUUGACAAGGAGACCUUGCUAUCUAUUCAAUGUUGGACAAUGAGCUGUGACUUUAGGGGUACUUGUUAUGUUGUAGUUCAAAGUACAAUUUGAGUUUUCGAUCAUGAUGUCGUGAAAGCUUUCAGUAAAUGUUCAUUCAUUUCUCACACUUGGUGUGACAUGUAUCCACACUAUCACCACUAUCCACACUAUCACCACUGUUGGUAUCUUUUUGGCUAUAUUUUGCUGUUGAGCUUCGUAUCAUCCAGGUGAAUUUUAUUAAAUGCACUUUAGGCUUGUGAAUAUUUAAUCAAGGCAAUCAGAUGUUGUGUACAGGUGAAACAUAUACCAGUGACUUCCAAAUAAACCUCAUCAUGAUCAUUACUAUUGAAUAAACCAACAUCUUUUCCAAGGGGCUAAUAUCAUUUUUGUAUUUCUCAAUCAAAGCAUUAAAUUUGUCUCGGUGAUAAUAUAAGAAAAAAGAAUUCACAAGUAUUAUCUGGGAAUAAAGAUUUACAUUUUGUGUAAUUACAUUAUUUAAAAUCUGUGUAACUAGUUAUUAUCUCUUAAAAGGAUAAUAUCCUUAUGAGUAAUGAAUAUACAUUCCUAACUCCAUUGAGAGGGUUACUCAGUGUGUUAUUACUAUUUAAGGUCAUGUUCUGGAUGGAUGCACAAUCAUGCAAACAGAUUUACCCCAGAGCACAGUGACUCAAUAAUGAGUAAAGGGGGGUAACUCUAACCAGCAUGGUGACAGACAUUCCUGACAUGCAGAACACUAUUGCAAAGUACAGACCUGUAAACUGGACUGAGAUAUUUUCAAAAUACCAACCCCAUUCACUUGUGAAAUUUGAGAGUCUACAAAAGCCAAGCUUAAUUUGAUUUCUCACUCAAGAAAUAUUUCAGUAUUUGUGUUUGAACAAAGGGCCAAGCUGCAGUGUUUUGCUUCACUGAUCAUGCAUUGACAAUACCUGCAAUCAGGUGUGGUUUGUUAGGGGCAUUGCUGUCAGAGGAGAAUAAAGGUAGCACUCAUUGUGUUGCCCUGUAAUAUCAUUGUAGCUUGGACAGGACAUCUUGUGAUGUAAUAUGAUGUGAAGAACUUAGGCUUUUCUUCAGUAAGAGGAUAAACGAUCAGUGUGUGAAUUGAGAGCUAAUCUUUUUCUGUACCUAUUAAGUGAGUUCAGGUGCUAUUUAUAAAAACACAUGCCUUGGUAAAGGGUUUGGAGAGUUUUGAAGAGGAUGGAUGUUGUGUAUUGCUGUGUAAUAUCCCAACAGAUGGCAUAACAAAGAAGUAUGGUGGUCGUCCUUCAGGUAGUCAGGUAGUUGUGUCUCAUUUCUUUCACCGCUUUCAUGAUUUAAAUAUUUUCAAACAUUUGAAAUUUAAACUGGCUUGUUUAUUUGGAGUAUGUUUACUGUCAAGGUAUUUUAUAACAAUAUUUACAUUUGUUUUUGUUUGUCUGUCUCUUUGAGGCCAUCUUAAUAUUGCUGUCUAUCUAAACAGUGAUCAGAAGAAUGUUUGUGCUUUUCUUAAAUUUGUUGUAUUCAAAUAAUGGGUUUGGUUUCUUAGUGCGCAUUUCAAGAAAAGUCAUUUGACAUUGACAAGAUAUAUGUUUCUGGCUUUGUUGAGGUUAGUGCUUGCUUGAUGCUACUGUGGAUGGGUUGUAGAUUUGUCCUCGCAGACAACGUUUGCACAGUGUUGUAAAGUAAACGUGUAGUGUCAGCCCACAACCUUCUCCUGUGGUGAGAGUGAAGUUGAUAUGUACGUGUCUGUUGACAAGUAGAUUGGUUACAUCACUGAUGACACGAGGGUGAUAUAGAUCUUUAGCUACGUGCUAGCGACAACAAGGGACUAUAACAGUGACUGGGUUGAUAUGAAGAAGUGGAUGGUUUAGAUCUGUUACUACUUUAUACUGAUAUAGAUAGCUGCUCAGUGUCGAGCUAUAGAGUACAAGGUAUAUUAAUUACUUGUAUGUGUUGCUGGCAAUUGGGGGAAAUGUUUUGUAGAGUAAGUGAGUUAAAAUUGAAUGCUGCAUCAGUGGUAUUUUAGACAUAUAAUGAUUAGACCAAGUUUAUGCCUAUACAAAAGCUCAUAAAGUACCUAACGCAGUUAUUUUGAAACUGAAAUUCUGAAAAGUAAAUGAACUGAUUUCGGAGAUUUCAACCAUAGAUUUGCCUGUAGAGAAGCUAUUUCACUGUUAGUAAAUCUGAAAUAAAGUAUGUUUUGUAUUCUUUACUACAAUAUACUUUACUAAAGAUGCAAGUCUGAAUAGCUUUACAUAAAUUUUAUGGUUAUAUAUUUUGAGAAGAUAAAACAAAAUGACUUUCUUGGUUCAAAGUUCCGGUUUGGAUUCUACACCUAAUAGUCUGUGAAGAUAUUUGAUAAAUGAGGAAGUUCAGCAUUAACCCCUGAGAUGUUAAUCUUCUGAGUGCGUGUUUGAACUGACAGUUGAUUUCAAGUUGUCACAGCCAGUUUGUUUCAUGUAUGUUUGGGAUUGCUUGUAUAUCCUCUGGUGUGUAGACCGGGAAGUUUGUCGGACAGACUUAGCCUGUACUGACUGCUGGCUUUCUUUCUCAUUCAAAUUCUGUAUUGAAAGUGACUUACAAUUCAGGUCUACUAUGUUACAGUUGCUAUAUAGGUCACAUUUCUUACUGCUUAUAUUGAUUGACAUUUGCUGAAUAUAAACAUAGUUGUACAUUGCACGUAAAUUUCAGUUUGGGGAACAUUAUGGAAGGUUUAUCACUUAUCACUUGUAUUCUUUAGAGUCUUAGGUCUUAAUUUCCCACCAGUGAACAUUGAUGCUAGCUGGGUCUAGGUCGACAUGUAGCCUUAGUGGUACAGACUGCAGUGAACAGUUCAGGGUGGUUGCGUUAAUGUCUUGUAACUGUCUACAAUGGCCAUUCUAUUGCAGGGUGACUUGGAACAGCUGGGAAGUAUGUGAAGUGUUUAUAUGAAGAGGACAUAUUGAUGUGAGAUACAUAUUGGAGUUGUACCAUUACCGACUCAGGAUACAUUGUGAACCAGUCGCCCGUGGGGAGGUACACACUGAUCUUAUUGAUGAUGUAUUGACCAGUCAUCUAUUGUCAACUGUUUAGUGCAGUGGAAGAAGAUGUGAAUGAGAAGUACUUCCUACCUGUUCUAUAGCUGGUGAAGAGCUGUGUCCUGCUGCCCCAUUGUGGUAUCCUGUGAUGGACGUCUGCCAAUCAGAAAUAAACUUGCAUAAAUAAAAAGCCUGGGAAAAGAGGAAAAUAUUAGUUUUCAUCCGUGUGUCUAUGUCACAGUGACUCGGCGGAGGUGAUGGGAUAUCACUUGAGGCCAGUAGCUGGAGUUUUGUCAGAUACGUGUAACACCAUCCUGAUCAUCAACAUUCCCCAGAAAUAGUUCUACCUUUUGUUUCUUUAAUAGAACAGACUUGUCUACAAUUUCAUUGCCUGACAUUAAGUUUCAACUGAUGAGCCCAUAACAAGUGGAGCGUAUAUCCCAGUUUGUAAGCAGAUGACAUAAGUGUUAUGUAAGUUGACAUUCCCUUCAAGGCAUGUGAGAGCUGGUCAGUCCAGUCCAACCAGGGCCAGCAUCAGCUCACUGUGACACACACAUCACAUGAGACAUACAGUGAUAGCUAAACAUUUGACCAGGUGACAUCUAUACAGCAGCUCCUGGUCUACCUGGCUUACAUUCAGAAGAUGCCUGCUCUUGAUGGCAAAUCUGAAAUGGCAAAUACCAGAAGUAAGGUGACGGUGGAGAUCGGCGUGGCCCGGAGGGUGGAACAGCAGUGGCAGGAGGGCAUGAAGCCAGUGGUCCUGGUGGGCUGUCACUGUGAGGAGUUCGGCCACACCAUGAGGAAUGCAGAGGAUCCCAUGACGUCAAGUGACAGAGACUCAGAAGAGAAGACCCUGUCACAAGACAGCUUUUGUGAGGACUCAGACGGAUACGGUGUACAGAAAGAUGUUGUCAGUGAUGUGGAUUGGCAGAGUUGUGACAGUGAAGAGAGUAGCAUGAAAACAGCAGUGUUAGAAAACAGUGAGAGUACAAAAAGGAAACAUAUUGCAGUCUCAGAGCAAGACAAAAACUUUAAUGAUGAUGAACAUUCUGAAUACAAAUACAUAAAGGUUGUAUCAACAGAAAACAACGAUGUUUGUGAGAGACAAAUUGUCCCUCCAGGUGUGGAUCCUGGUAUAGGGGCUACAGAUUUGGAGGAGGAUUCUAGGAAUGACAGUCAGAUAUACUCAGGGGAGAUUACAAAGUCAAAGGAUUCUCAGAUGGAGAGCAGUGUAGCAUCAGUUGACACACAUGGGGAUUCAUGCAGCGCUGAUGAUAGGGAGCAUGACGACACUGGUCUGGGUUCAACACUUGACAUGUCUGUGGCAAACAACAGUAUUAAGACUGACGAUGAAACUGAUGUGACCAAGGACUCUGCCAUUGUUAUGGACAGUCCAAGUGGGCAGGAUGUUUCUUGGAGUCUCCUGGAUGAUGUUCAGGAUGAUCUCAGUGUCUCCAGUAGGAGUGAGUCCAGUCACUACGACCUUCUGGUUGUCACGGCUGAUGUUUCCACCAGUGGAAUAGAGGACGAUGAGGUUGCACACAAGGAUGACAUGGUUGUAGAGAGUUCCACCAGUGGAGUAGAAGACGAUGAGGUUGCACACAAGGAUGACAUGGUUGUAGAGAGUUCCACCAGUGGAGUAGAAGACGAUGAGGUUGCACACAAGGAUGACAUGGUUGUAGAGAGUUCCACCAGUGGAGUAGAAGACGAUGAGGUUGCACACAAGGAUGACAUGGUUGUAGAGAGUUCCACCAGUGGAGUAGAAGACGAUGAGGUUGCACACAAGGAUGACAUGGUUGUAGAGAGUUCCACCAGUGGAGUAGAAGACGAUGAGGUUGCACACAAGGAUGACAUGGAUCAUGAGACAACACAUGCAUCUGAGGAGUCCAUAGAAGAUGAAGAAACAGCUUCUAGACUUGACAGUUUUAUUGUGACAGAUGUACAGGAGAGUAGACAGAUUUCUAGUCAUUUGGAGAGAGUGGAGACCAAUUAUACCUCAGAAAACACACCCAGUCAGUAUGAGAGCAGGGAAGUGACCAGUAUUAAGAAACAAGUGAAUAUGUCAGACAUGGACAUGGGUGUGUGUAGUGUUGGUACGUCUGGUGUUGUUACAGAGCAGGGCAAGGACACUGAUGAAGGGCUUCCAGUUGAGGCUGAUGCUUCUGUUGAAGCGAUGCACCAGAAUACAUCAGGACUGACUGAUGCAGUGGACAAUCAUGAAGAAACUGUCACUACUAGAACCAGUUAUGUUGUAGACAGUGCAACAACAUCCACCAACAUUCCAGAACCAUUUACAACUGUCAUACCUCACACAGAUGCAAUACCAGAUAGUGGCAACUCUUUUGCUGUAGUAGACAACCCAUAUGCUUUGACAGAUGUAUCUACAACACUCUCUGAAGGUGGUGAUGUUGAUACAUUAUUACAAUCAGUUUCUGCAACUGAAACUGUGUCCAUGGUUACAGAAACAUCAGUCAGUAUUACAGAACAAGAAGAUGAUAUAGACAAAGAUCUCCUCAAGGACAGAGAGGAGUUCAAUGGCCAUGAUGGCAGAAACUCAGGAGAAGCUCCAGCUGAUGCUGACGGGACUGACAGAAAGACUUCAGUGUAUAUCUGGGACAGAAACUGCCAACACGCUGAAGGUAGUGAUGUACCUUGCCUUGGCGAUGCAGAAGGAAAGGGUGUGACUCUACCAGGGGAAACUGAUGAACAACUUGGUGACAGUUGUCCAGAUGAUGGAGAAAUACCAAAGACAGAGGGAAAGGGUGUGACUUCGCUUCCUGAAAUACCAUGUGAAACUGAUGAAUAUGAUGACAGGUGCUCAGAAGAUGGAGACAAACCAAAGACAGACACUGAGGACAAGGAACUGAAUUCAGAUUCCAUGAAAAGCAAUGGAGUGGAUAACACAAUCAGUGGUCGUCUUUUGGAUGAGGAAACACUCCAACAUGUUAGGGUUGAUCUGCUAACUUCUGGAACAGAAACUCCAGUGGCCCUGUCCUCCUCAACUCCUGCUAAACGGGCAGACCACACAAUCUGUGAUACUGAAGACUUUCAUCAGAACCAUGAGACAUCUCUUGAUGAUAUUCACCUGGAAACGUCUGUGCAUGAGAGAGUGGCCAGUUUGGGCAGGAAGGCUAGUGAUGACAGCGUGUUGGGUGGAUCCAGUGAACAUAGGUCUCAAACACUCAGACCUAAACAGGUUUCCCACAGAAACUUGGAGACAAACAUUUCUAAAUUUUCGUUGUCAGUGCCAAAUCUUGUUGAGCAUGUACAGGACAAUACAUCAAAUUUCCAUGACCCAAGUUUGAAUGAUCUCAGGAAUCGUCGCAAGUCCGUCCAAGCAAUAAAAAGCUUGUUUGAGAAACAGUCAAUGGAAGAAAAGAGCCCGAGGAAUAAGGAAGAACAAAUUUCUCAAGAUGGCCGAGUCAUAUCCAGAUCCAAGGAUGAGAAGAGAUAUUCAGAUUCAUUUGGUGACCAAGGCGACUCCAGGGUGGUCAGAGAGGUUACCGUCCAGUCUAUGGGCGGUGGAUCUGCCCAGCAGAAUGGCUACAGUUCCAAUGUUGCCCGGGAAACACAAGACCGAGAAGAUGUACAUUUCACUGAGAUGUCUUCAGUGAGGAACACUUUUGAAUCUGGUGGACCGCAGCAGACAACUAACGUAACCCAGUCACAGAACAUUGGUUGGGAGGAGGAAGAAGAAGGUGUCUAUGAGAACCAACCAGACCGUCUAGAUAAUGUCGCAACGUGAAAGUGACCGAGAUAUUGGAGCAGAACUUCCUGAGGUUGGCAUGGCAAAGAAUCUUCUCAGUAGAUUCACACAGAUUGCAAGCGAGCCAAAAAAUUACAAAAGGGAGGUAACUCCUCCGCGCCAGGGAGCUGGAAAAAUUGAAUACAAGUCAGCCAGCAAGUCACAUUCAAGUGUAUGAAGGUAAAGCUGAGGCAGGAAUCUUUGAAAGUCAGCCCCAAAUUAAUCCAGACGUCGUCAGAUCAGUUGACAGCACAAGUGAGCCACUGCCUGAACGAGGAACUGCCAAAAAUAUUGCAUCAAAAUUCAAGCAAUUGGAAAGUGGAACUGGCAGUUACACUGGAUCUUCACCUUUGAAAAGGGAGAUUACUCCUGACAGAGCCACUGGGAAGGUUGAAUUUGUCUCUGAGCCAACAGCAACCAUUGAGAGGUACGAAGGAAAGGCUGAAGCAGGCAUUUUCGAAAACCAGCCACAAGACUACGAGGGCGUUGUCAAAUCUGGGCAAGAGGUUGAAGAAAUUCUGCCAGAAAGAGGUUCAGCUAAGAAUAUUGCUCAGCGCUUCAAGCAGAUGGAGAGCUCACCAUCCUCUGCAGCAAGGGGCAAAAGGGGAGAUAACUCCUGACAGAAACACAAGAGGAGAAUAUGUUAGCGAGCCUAGAGCUCAUGUUGAGAUGUAUGAGGGCAAGGCAGAGGCAGGAGUCUUUGAGAACAGGCCAGCUGAACGAUCUGAUGUCGUGAGGAGUGAAGACAUAUUAGAUGAACCACUUCCUGAAAGAGGGUUUGCCAGAAAUGUUGCUUCCAAGUUCCGUGAAAUGGAACAUAACAUGAAGUCCCCUCCACCUACCCCAAACCGAGU